GUUUGGCUUCUUCCCUACUCAUCCCCUCCAUUAAAGCUUAUCUCCUACUCUCUCUCUCUUUCUCCAUCUUUAAAACCAUCAAUUGAUUCCCUGCCCUUCCCAUACCAACCACAAAGCAGAGCCCAAAAGCAGAGAAAGAUAAAUUAAAGCUCCAGGAAUCAUUCUUUUCUGCUUUAACUGAUUCUAUAUACCCAAAUGGAUUCAUAUGAUUGCGAUUACUUCAUGAAGAGAAGCCAUGUGCCGCCGUUCGGCAGCUGGGAUUGCGACGGCGACUUCCCGAUUCCGUUCACUCAGUGCUUUGAGUCGGCGAGACAGGCUGGGCUUCUCCGGUACAGCUACUCCGAGGACCGGGAUUUGUACGUCACCGGCGACUUGUACGAGAACGACGUUGUCACUCCGACCAUGAUUGUCGUCCCCCGUCGCAGGGGAAAAGGAGGAAAAAGUGGAGGAAAAAAGGAAGCUUGGACGGUGGACGGCUGUGAUUAUGAUUGUGGAGUGGUUGUGAAGACGCCGCCCAGCCCUGUUCCGCCGUCUCCGCCGUCUAAAGCCGUGGAUGAAGAUCUUUAUCAGAUUUCUCCCGACCUUCUCUACGCAAGCACCAAACGGCGGAAGAGAUCGUGGGGAUUCUUUUCGAGCUGCUUGAGACCAGUUUGCUUGUAAGAUCUGAGUGAUGAAGAAAGAAGAGAAGCAAAGAUAUGGGUGUUUAGCAUGCAUUUGAAUGAUGCUGAUUUGGGCCAUUAAUAUUUGAUUAUUUCACAAACCAGCAAAAGAAGAGAACACAUAUAUUAUAUAUAUACUCCAUGUAAGAUGAUUAGAUAAUGAUGAUAGUAAUGCUGCUUCAUUCCAUCCAUUGGAUCAUUAUAAUCAUCAUCAUCAUCAUAUCUUAAUUAGGAGGUGAGAGUGAAGAAUAAAACAGUUGUAUGUUACGUCGUUGUAGCUUAGUUAAGGGGGGGUGGGGUAGCUAGCUAGCCUGCCUUCCUGUCCCUCCCUGUUUCUCUGUUAAAGUUAAUACGGAGUAUGUUUUACAUCGUUUCUGUUCUCUACUGCUUUGUAAAAAAUUACUAUUUCAGACAGUAAUGUUGGAAGGAGAUGGAUGGAGGUUACUAUUUAUUUACUGUAAACGCACACUGUAGUGUAUGGAUGUAUCCUGACAUCCUGCAUGGAAUACUUUAUUAGUUUCUCUAUGUACGUACAUAGCUAUUCUGUAUACAACUUGUGGACAUUUGUACAAUUCUUCACACGUACAAGAAACCACAAAUGUUUACAAAUGUUUAAAUAUGGAAUGUUUAAAAGUUGUCACAUAUCA